GUCAAGUCUCAGCACGCGCCUUUGCCUUCGCAUUCAUCGCCGACACAUGUGUGGUUGGGUUUCUGCUGGUCUCCGCCUUCUUUUUCUUCCAUCUUUUCCUGUUAUGUCGAGGUCAGACCACUCGGGAGUGGUACUCGUCCCGACAUCCUUACAGCCUCGGACUCCUGGGAAACCUGCGUCACACGCUGGGCCUCCGCUGGUACCUGUGCUGGCUCUGUCCCCUCAUCCCCUCCCCCAUGCCGGGUGAUGGAAUAAACUUCCAAGUCACAGGAUCGCUGGAACCGACCCGGUAACGGAUGGGGAUCUGAAGAGUCCACUAUGAAAUGGUGCUGGUUAAUAUUAUCAUAGUCUGGAGCAGGGAAAAAGGCCUAAUGUAAUCCGAAGGUAGCUUGGGAUUGAUUGAAGCUGACAAUUAUGACUGUUUUAGAUAAUGGAGACGGGGGGGGACUUCUGACUUCUGCAGAGUUUGGCUGCGUCAGGACAGAAAACAAACUUAUUCUGAAGGUGCACUGAUUUGAUCGGAGGUAUUCCCUACUGACUGAGGCUGUCCUCAGAAUGUGACACUGUAAUAAAUGCUUAUCUACUGAAAUCCUUUCCAGUGAAAAUGUGUUAACAAACGCAUCACUGAGUGAAGGAAUGUUUUAAAUGAAACCGAAACGAAAUAACUAGAAACAGAAAUCGGAAUUAUUCCACUCGCUUAGUGGUCAAACACUUGGAUUGUAAAGUAUUUUCAGUCUGUUUGUGUUCUUAUCUGCCUAAGUUUGAAUCCCAUGCAGGAUCAGUUUACACUCUCCCUGAUUAUAAAGUCAUCACCAGCUUCUUAUUUGCUUUUUUGCACAAUCAGAAACUUCUUUGUAUUCACUCUUUUGCUGUUUUAUAUAUAUAUAUAUAUAUAUUCAUUUCCUCAUUCAUAGUUGUGUUGAUUUAACACUGAGGGAGCAGCUGUUGGUUUUAAAGUGAUGUCUUAAAGUCCAUGGAGUAGCGCAUCUUAAAUUCAAAUCCAGAAGUACUAAAUAUUGCCAAACACGCUGCAGUUUACCGACUAUUCAUCAUUUUGGAAACACGAUGUUGAAGGGUCUGCAUGUGACACAUUGUUUCUCCUGUUUCAUAUUCUCUUUCGAGCAUGCUCUGCCUUACCGCAUGUUUUCUCCAUGUGCUUUGCAUCAAAAUGUCUAUUUUUGCGCAGUUUACUUUUGUACCUUCAAACUCCCCUUGCCUUAAAAUGUAGUUUCAAAUUAAAAGUUUCUGUAGGAAAAGGUUCUUGUUUACCAAUUUAUGUUGAAGCCAAAAAUUGUUUGUUUGUGUUGGUAUUUGUUUCACUAAAGAUGCUGAUUUUUUGUGUUUGGUUUUUCCAUUUGAAAAGGAUUAUUAAAGUGUGUGAUGGGAUGUUUCAAAUAGCUGUUUUUUUCCAUAUUUACAAUUGUGUAUUUGCACAGGUGUACUGUAAAAAAAUAAACUUGAGUUUGAAAACUU